GGUAAAGCUCUCAGCUGUCAAAUGCUGCCAGAUCCAAUGGUUUUGUGGGCCAGAUUCAGCCAAUAGGCCAUAGGUUGCCGACCCUUUACCUAUACAGUACAGGAGUUUGUUCUCUGAGUUUCCUUGUUCAAGGAUGGAUAUGCAACUUUCCGCAUUCAGGAAGGUUCUGAAGAUUUAAAAAAAAAAAAAGAACAGCAUAGGUGUGCUGGGUAUUUUUCUGAAGUUUUUUGGCUAAAAAUUAUAUUUAGUUAAAUUAUCCACAGUCAUGCACUCAAAAAAUGGAAGGCCUCAUUGUCAUUGUUUGUUUUUAUUUAUUUUAUUGUUGCAAGCUUUUUGCUUUGCCACCUUGCAAUGGCUAACUCAGGAGAAAGCUGCAUGCUGUGUCUGGCUUCAGGUGAGGAAGGUUAUCACUUUGGCUUCAUGGAACCAAGCAGCAUGCUUUUUUGCAGCCAGACUGGCCACCAAAGGGAAGAGAAGAGCAGUGUGAGGGUGUCUGGCUACUGACUGGUCUAAAAAAACAUUUUUACAAUAUGAUACUAUAAUAUAGUUAUACCAGUGUGACCUUCAGUGUGAUGCAUUUGUACUGGUAUAAUAGCUACAAUCAUAAUAGCUACUUCUAUUUUACUUAUAGCAGCACCUGUACUAGAAUAAGCACUCUAAUGAAUACCAGCAUAAUUGUCUUUGCUAGUGCGGUAAAGUACCACUUCAUAUCUGUGUAGUCAAAGUUGCAUUAUGUUCCAGGGGAGAGACAAGGAACAGCCUGCUACCACAACCAGAUGGCUUGGGAAGCUUUGGAGAAAGGAGGGAGGCAAGGUGGUAUCAAAUGCUGCUGGGCAAGGAGUUACCAUUACGGGCAACAACACAUUCAACAACUGGAAUUGGCCCAAUGCCGUGAUCUUUGCUGCUACUGUAAUCACGACAAUUGGAUAUGGAAACGUUUCUCCAAAGACACCCUCUGGGCGUCUCUUCUGCAUAUUUUACGGUCUCUUUGGGGUUCCCCUCUGCUUGACAUGGAUCAGUGCUUUGGGGAAGUUCUUUGGUGGGCGUGCCAAGAGGCUGGGCCAGUUCUUGACCAAGAGAGGAGUAAGCCUGAGGCAAGCACAAAUCACGUGCACAGUUAUUUUCAUUAUGUGGGGAGUUCUCAUUCACCUGGUUAUUCCUCCCUUUGUCUUCAUGGUGACAGAAGGCUGGGACUACAUUGAAGGUCUCUAUUUCUCAUUCAUCACUAUCACCACCAUAGGAUUUGGAGACUUUGUUGCUGGUGUAAACCCAGAAGCAAACUACCAUGCCCUUUACCGAUACUUUGUGGAGUUAUGGAUCUACCUGGGCCUAGCGUGGCUUUCUCUAUUUGUCAAUUGGAAAGUCAGCAUGUUUGUGGAAGUCCACAAAGCAAUCAAGAAACGGAGGAAAAAAAGGAAAGAGUCAUUUGAAAAUCACCCUCAGUCUAAAAAAGCCCUUCAAAUGGGCACCUCCAAGGAUGUGAACAUUUUCAGCUUCCUUUCCAAGAAGGAAGAGACCUAUAAUGAUCUCAUCAAGCAGAUUGGGAAGAAGGCCCUGAAGUCAAACAAUGAUAAUAACAUCAUUAAAACAGACCAUUCCAAACCAAAUAUGCAGAUUGCCAAUAAAGAUAUCCAGGUGACGUACACAAAGAGCAACUCAUUCAAUUAUGAUGAGGUUUCCUUAAAACUCAAAAAUAGUCGCAUUGCGAGGCACCUAAAUGACAAACAGACAGACAGCCCACUGGACUGCAACAUGUUUGUAAACCAGCUGGACCGAAUCAGUGAGGAAGAAGGGGAAGCGUGGGACUCCAGGGAUUGUCGUCCCCUAAUCUUUGAGAACGCCAAUAUAACUUUUGUAAAUGAAGACGAUGAUGAAGAGCAAGAUCUUUCAGAUGAUGAGGAAACUUCCAAAUCCUCCAUGGAUGACAAUCUUGUAGAGGAGCCUGAGACUCCCAAAACCCUGAUGAAGUUUUCGUCUUCAGAUGAAUCCACAUUUACCAGUAAUGAGCUGGAAACUUCUGUGCCUUAUGAACAACUGAUGAACGAGUAUAACACAGUAAACAAUGGAAAAGCUACAACGUGAAGCAGCACUCAUGCUGACCAAUGGUUGUCUGAUGUUGGUUAAUAGCUGGGAGCAAGGAGGAAGGCAAAUUUAUUGCUUAAAACCUCCUGUCUCUCUCUCUUUUUUAAAAAACAAACUAAAACUCCAGUGUUUUAAUGUUACCUACAGGGUUUUUUGUUUGAGAAACCAUCCAUUCAAUUUUGCUUUAUGUGGUUUUUAUUGUUUGUUUGGGUUUUUUUUAAAGCAAGUUUUAACAGAAUGACAGUUCAAGGGUUUGAGAAGGCUAGAAGGAAGUGCGGGGGAAAAGACUAGUUAUUACACUGGACCUAUUUUGUGCUUUUUCCUGAGGGAAUUAGUUUGGGGGUGAAACUACAAUUGCAGACAAACUAGUUUGGGCAUCUGUAACAUGUUUGAUUACUGUACUAGAUUUUCACCUCUGGAAACAUGGAUUCAAGUCCUGCUUGGACCACACGUGAAAAGUCUUAUCGUAGUUGAGACUCCCGAUUGUGCCAUAUUCUGUCUCUCUUCUCCAAGAGAAGGAAAAGCAGGAUGUACCAAAGGUGAGAGUAGAGGUGCAUUGGCAGAGCUGAAUGAGGAAGCUUCCACAGCAUCAGAUUAUGCUAGUGCUAGCAAAAAUGAAGAGCACUAACUUCUUGAACAAAUCCAUUUAAAAGCCCAAAGGAACUGGUUUAGAGAGCCUUUAAUGAACAAGGACCUACCCUAGAAUGAAAAUCCUUCUUGGGCAUGAAAAGUAUGCGUGAAUGAAGUUCAGGGUCUAGCAGCCUGAUUGUGUGCAAGAAAGUAGUGAGGAGGGUGUGGAGGGGACACCACCCUGAUCAAAGUAAAGAAGAGCACAACCGCCAUUUGACAAGCUUUGUGGGUGGAACAUGUCCUUCUCCUGCCCAUAUUGUAGAGGAAAUACUUGAAUAAACUUUAUAUGAUGCAUCUGUACAGGUGAAGUUUUUUAGUGAUACUGUUCUUUGAGCAAAACCAUCUUUUGAGUAGAGGAUACCCUCUGAGUGUUGUAGUGCCUCUUGGAAGGACUUAAAGAGCUGCUGCAGACCUUAUAUACAGUGUGUUCAAUAUCGCUGCAAAAUCUUUUGCUGUUUCUUGCCAACUUGGUACUUCAGAUUAGACUUGAACCUGAGCAUUUGUUUUGUACCAGUACUUGCUUAUACUUCUGCAUAUUGCAUCCUUAAGAGGACAUUCCAUAUGGUUAUUUUACCCCAAAUAGCUGGGUAACGCUAAAUCUUUGGUACCAUUUUCAGAAGUGCUACAGUGAUUUAGGCUCCAAGUAUCUUUUUCAAAACUGACUUGAGAAGCAUAACUUGCUUUUAAAAAGAGACUUGGACCCCUAAGUCACUGUAGCAGUUCUGAAGAUGUUAUGUCUCGGCUCCAGUUAGGAAUUCUUGCUAUGGGGUGCCAGGCUUGCUUUUUUUUUUAAAAAAUGAACACCAAACAUUUUGAGUAAAGAAAAUGGUGGUAUAUGGUUUUAUAUUUCUCUCUCUUUUUAUUUUUUUUAAAGAGCUCUACACAUGAAAUGUGCCAAAUCCUUUCAGAUGAAGCUCUUGAUUUAUGUUGGCAAGAGGUAUGGAUUUCAGUGGUCCAACAUAUUUUUAGAACAGACAAUUGCUGGGAUUUUAAACUUUUUAAUAUUAUUAGGCAAGUUUAUGUUUUGUUUUACAGUAUUUAAGUCAUGUCAACAUGCCUUAAACUUUCAGCAGUCCAGUGAACAGUUGAAACUAAACUCUAGCAUUUGAGAGGGUGGAAAAUAUGGCUCUCUUUCUAACUUUGAGAGGUUGUGUAAAAUUUUUGUAAUACUGACUUUGAAUGACUAAGCAUACUAAUAACAGUAAAUAUUAGCUGCUGCUCAAAUCACUAGUUUCUCCUUCGAUACAAGGAGAACUUGUGGAAACCUGGCACUCCAGUUGGAUAUCUUGUUGACGAGAGUUCUGAAGUCACCUACUGUGAAACAAGGAAUGACAGUGUUCCUUUCUGUUCAAAAGCUUGUACUAUUUGCAGGAGCUUCUAUACACUAAUGUUAACUAAGGGCAAGAUCCUGCCCCAUUACACUGGUCGGAAAUGUAAAGUGUGUUUCAUUGGUUUUAGUAGUUACUCCACACUUACAUUUGCAUGGCUGAGGAGAAAAAGCAAAUCCAACGUGUAAUUGCAAAAUAUUGCUGCUGUUUGGAACCUUGAUGGAAGGACAUAAUCAGUUUUUUUGCAACUGACAGGAAUGAGCACAUUUGUCUGAGCAACAUUUGGUUCGUUCUAACAGACUUUCUUUUCAUAGCCUUUUAUUGUGAUGCCAAGCCCCUCAGGUGUACCUCCUUGUAUUAAGGGUUCUGAAUGAUGACACUGCCUUGGUGCCACUAGUACUGCAAAAAAAAUAAAAAUAAAAAACAAGAAAAAAGAAAUAGUAGACAGUAUGCCAUUUAUAGAAGGUGUGACCCCCUGGUGUAGCAGGUCAGCCUUCUCAUUAAGGAAAAUGCACAUCCUUCAAACAAAGCACUCCAUAAAGCAUUUCUUGCUCUUCAACUAGUCUUCCAUUGUAAAUUACAAUGAUUAAGGCUAUAGAGACAGUUAAUUCCAGGUAGAGUUGGAAAACUAAGAUUAAAAACGGAAUAUCAAGCGUGUUGUAUGUUAUAUUAAGUAAAAGAAGAGGGAUAACCAAAUGUGGCCUCCUGCAUUGGAGGGUUGAACAUGUGAAGUAAGCCAGGGUGUCCAUUUUACAACACAUCGGCUGCUACAUGGUGACCAUUGGCUUGGACUGCUCAUAUUGAGAUUUUGCUCAUUGGAAUCUGUAUGUUCUCCAUAUCAAACAGCACCCGUGUAUUUAAAGAUGUGGAUAGGCCUGAUCUAUUCUGUGUUUCUAAGUUUAAAUGCAGAACAGGGUCACUGCCAAACUGCCAGUGCUGUCAUCUUAGAAUAUCAAGUCUACAUGACACACGUCAUGGGCUUUCAGGUACCAAUCAAUUUUUCAAGAACUAAGUGCAGAAUUCCUGGGGUUUGGGUUUUUUAAAACACAAUUACACUUCACAGUUUUUCUCCCCAGCAGCCAACCAUGUGCCUUGCUCUAACUCUAAUGCUGGGCAAAAUUUACAAGUCUGCAAAGAGCCAGCACAAGAAAUGUUGUUGUUAAAUCCAACAUGCUUCCAGCAUUUAAGCGGGACUAAAUUGGUUUAUACCCCUUCUGCAAAAGGGUGGUUUGUCCACUGUCCUUUUAAAUGAUGGUGCCAGACAGACCUUUGUCUACAAGUCUUCCAUCCUGUUUAGGAAAAACAGCAGUCUAGAGGCUUAAAUUAGCAUUAUCUGUUUGCCUUUUUGAUUUCCAAGUAGUGAACUAGAAGAGUGUCUACCCUACAUUUAGGCCUAUUGGUUUCAAAAGUGCCUUUGGCCACUUUGAAUUCCCAGAUGCUGUUUGGUAAGAUCUUUAUAAUGUGAAGUAGUUCAAGGAAAUUAAGUUCAUGAUUUUGGAGAACCAUUUUUUUUUAGCCAUCUGGUAAAUAUUUUUUGCUGAGGUAAUUAACUGUCUAGCUGUGUUUGGUUAAAUAAGUGCAUUUCUAUAGAUGGGAUUGUAUAGUCAUUUACUAAUAAAAAUCUGCAAGACUCAUGGCAGACACUUGUAUAAAUUUGGAGAGAGGAGGGGGCAGGAAUCCUUCUAGUGGACUGCUGGUACAGACCUAUUUCUCGUUAACUUUGGGGCAUUAAUCAGAGUAAGGGUCCCUUCCCUUCUCGUGCCCAAUUUCCAUUGACCAAUUCUGCCACAAUGAGCCAAUGAGGUAAAAGGCAUUGACAAUUCCUAAAGGUCUCUUUAUGUUCUGUUGGUGAAGCUUGUUCCUACAGUCAGUAAGGUGCCCUCCUCUUUCUUAGCGCCCUGCCAAUUUUGUGUGUCACUUAUUGAUUUUUCUUUUGUCAUUCAAAUCUGUUUUAGUGUGACCAAAUGAACAUCGGUGGUGGCCUUGUGUCUUGUGGUAUAGAGUCUAAUGAAUCUGAUAUAUGGGUACGAAACCACUGAAUAACAUACAAAGAGCCUUGGUUUAUUUUAUUUUUACUUUUUCCUGUGAUCGUGAUUUAUGUGAAUCUGUUGCUGGCAACAGAUGUCAUGAUAUUACCACCGUUCCUUAGUGAUAUACAACAUUUUGUCACCCUGGAUAAGUUCUGAUUUGCCCCCCCCCCCCCCUCU